CUUCCCCCGGGGAAGCAGGCUCCGGUGACGUGUAGUUUGGGGAGCCCAAACCAUUUUCUGGAUCGUAGUAGGGACAAAAAUGAUGUCAAUGAUCCCUGGGAACACCAUUAUUUUUGCAGGCGUCUGAAAGGCACGAAUGGUGACGCCUUUCUGUGACGAAUUUCUGAUUCGUGCAGACUGAGCGGAAAGGAGAAGCGCAGGCAGACGGAGUUCCGGAGGACAGAGAUUGCGAAGCACAACCAGGAAGCAGCUGGGCUGGGAGCUGUCCCCGGUUCUCCGCUCGACUUAACCCGGCGCCUUUUCAGGGUCCCUACGCCGCGGAGCCCUGCUCUGCGCGCCCCUCGACCUGACCUAGGCUCCGGCCCGGGUCCUUCACUCCGGAGCCGCCAUGUCUUCCGACUUCGAAGGCUACGAGCAGGACUUCGCAGUGCUCACGGCUGAAAUCACCAGCAAGAUUUCCAGGGUCCCCCGACUCCCACCUGAUGAGAAGAAACACAUGGUUGCAAAUGUGGAGAAGCAGCUUGAAGAGGCAAAAGAGCUGCUUGAACAGAUGGAUUUGGAAGUCCGAGAAAUACCACCCCAAAGUCGAGGAAUGUACAGUAACAGAAUGAGAAGCUAUAAGCAAGAAAUGGGAAAACUGGAAGCAGAUUUUAAAAGGUCACGGAUCGCCUACAGUGACGAAGUACGGAAUGAGCUCCUAGGGGAUGAUGGGAAUUCCUCAGAGAACCAGAGGGCACAUCUGCUCGAUAACACAGAGAGGCUGGAAAGGUCAUCUCGGAGACUAGAGGCUGGGUACCAAAUAGCAGUGGAAACCGAGCAAAUUGGCCAAGAGAUGUUGGAAAACCUCAGUCAUGACAGAGAAAAGAUACAGCGAGCACGUGAAAGACUUCGGGAAACAGAUGCCAACUUGGGGAAAAGCUCCAGGAUUCUGACGGGGAUGUUGAGAAGAAUCAUCCAGAACCGCAUCCUGCUUGUCAUCCUUGGGAUCAUCGUGGUCAUCACCAUCCUGACGGCCAUCACUUUUUUUGUCAGAAGACACUGAUGUAUCUGCUCUCCCUUGAUAAACAGCAACCGCUGCUUGUUCUGAGUAAUUAAGACAAAAUGGUCACAUGAAUCAUUCUUCGGCACUGACAGGCCCUGGGUGACCCCUCUCUCCUUCCCCCACUGUUCAGCUAAAGUGCAAAGAGUGUAAAAAUAUUUUCUAUUCCUGUUUGCAUGUGGGUUGGUUUCCUUCGUUGUUGUUGGUUUUUUUUUUUUAAUAGGUGAAGGUAAAUGUUUGCCUUUUGGUAAUUUCAUUUACUGUCCAAAAUAGCAUUGGUGACAUUCUUUCUUACCCUGCGGCCAUGUCAGGGGUCAGGGUUUGGGAGAGGGUUUGAUGAGUCACUCACAUCUGUUGUCACAUACUUCUCAUCACCAAAAUGUCCUUCUGUGAUGUCCAAGGGUGGAAAUGCAUAGACAACCAGGGACCAGAGCCAGUAGCACGCACAGGCCAGCCCUGGCCCUUCUCAGCACAGUGAAUAUAGUCAACCUGCCCAUGUGCUUUUGUUGCUAAGGAGAGUAUUUAAUGUCACUUGUACAGGAAAUUGACUUAGCACUUUCCAUGUUUUUCUAUUGCGUAAUUGUUUUUAACCCAAGAAUAUUUUUGCUGAACCUGCACCGAUGCCCACUUUUUCACAAUUUUGGUUACCGGCUCCAAGAAACAUUUUCUUGCUUUCCCCAAUCCCCAUACUCCUCAGAAUUUUACUGGUAAUGGGAGCCCUGGCUCAGUAUUUUAAAUGUGACCUCAUCAUCCCUGACCUAUGUAAGCAUCUCUGUAUCCUUUCACUUGGAAUAUUUGCUCUGCCAAAAGCAGCCCUCAUACAUGGAGAAGGUCUGACGAGGUCCUCUCCACAUCCAUCCCAGUAUGUAAAGAGAACAUGAAUAUUUCAGUAAGAGCAAGAACAUGACUCCAUCAAUGAGAAAUUUCCACUGUCCUCAUGAAUAGGGGAGAGUCCAAUAGGAUGGUCCACUAGAAAUCAACUUUCUGGGGGGAAAAAAUGUCCACCAACUUCUCAAAGAAUAGGGCAUCCAGCAGAGGGUUACACAGGAGUGGGUUUAUUUUGUUUCCACCCCCACCCCCACCCCCCGCAAACAAAUGGAUUCCUGAAUUCACUGUGUAUUCAACCUCUAAUGUGCUUCGUGAUUUUUCUUUCAUUCUUUCUGAGAUUACUGGGAAUCACGUUCAAAAUGAGUUCAUUGUGAUCCAGUUUAGAAGCUGCCCAAGCUGAGGUCAUUUUCCUCCGAGUCUUAAAGUAAAAUAUGUUUUUCUUAAGACUUCAUGUGCACUUAUGGGUUCUGUACUGUCUUUUGAAUAUGAUUGGAAGGUUUGAAUUCUUGAAAAGCAAACCUGUUCCCUUCAUAAAACAAAUGCUAACCA